CUCACGAGUGUCUGAAUGUUUCUGAACAGGAACACACACACACACACUCUCUCUGAUGCCGGUGUGUUUUCCGCAGGGACUCCGGUGAACCGGAUCCCCAUCAUGGCGAAGCAGGUCCUGGAUCUGUUCAUGCUGUAUAAACUGGUGACGGAGAAAGGCGGACUGGUGGAGGUCAUCAACAAGAAGAUCUGGAGAGAGAUCACCAAGGGUCUGAACCUGCCCACCUCCAUCACCAGCGCCGCCUUCACGCUGCGCACGCAGUAUAUGAAGUACCUGUAUCCGUACGAGUGUGAGCGGAAGGCGUUGAGUUCUCCCGGUGAGCUCCAGGCCGCCAUCGACAGCAACCGGCGCGAAGGCCGUCGGCCCAGUUACAGCAACAGCCUGUUCCGCUUUAGCUCCGGCUCCGCCCCCCACAUCAUGACCCCUCCCAAGAUGCAUCUGUCGGCAUUCGGGGCCCUGAACGGACUCCCAGGACCGUCUCUGAAGAAGGGACUGGAGGACGGCGUCUCCUCUCUGCUGGCGGGCCGCUCUCCCUCGCUCUCUCUGGCUCUCGGGCCCCAGGCGGGUCUGAGGGCCUCCACACUGGAUCCGGGGCCCCAGGCGGGUCUGAGGGCCUCCACACUGGAGCAUCUCAGAGAGAAGCUGGAGACGGAGGCGCCGGAGAGGAAGAUGAUCCGACUCGCUGAGGAGCAGCAGAGACUCAUGCAUCAGGCCUUCCAGCACAACCUGAUGGCCAUGGCCUCGCAGAUGCCCAUGAACCUGCGGCUCGGGGCCCCGGCCAGAGAAGAGAAGCAGGAUCUGGCCAUGAGUAUUUCCUCCACCGGAGCAGCGAGUAUCAGCGUGUCAGUGGAAGUGAACGGCAUCAUUUACUCAGGAACUCUGUUCGCGCAGAAGUCGGCGUCUGCAUCUGCGGGUGUGAGUGUGUGUGUGUCUCACGCUCCUCCAGCUCGACCCUUCUCUAGCUCCGCCCCCAGCCAAAGCCCCGCCUCUUCCUCCUCCCCCAAGGGGCGGAGCUCCGCGGAACCGUCCACCAGCGGCUCCCCGUAACCCGAGCCGACCGCAAACUGUUGCACAAUCAGUACCUCAUUCUCUGCUGUCGACAUCGGCUGUCCGCGUGUUUAGAAACACAUUUACACGUACAUGGACACAUAUGCAUAAAAUAACAUCGCUGGGCCUCAUUCAGGAAUCACAAGUUAACCGUUCAAAAACACUCUUACUGUAAGUUUAUUUAAAUAGCACAUUUCAUACACUAUGGCAAUUCAAAGUGCUUUACAUAGAAAGGAAUUAAAAUAAUCACAAAAUAAAAGCAUGGAAAAUUAAAAGAGAUAUACAU